UAAUAUAUGUUAGGUCGUAGUAACCUUUUCUUCUACUGUUACAAGUGUGCGAGAAACGCCCACCGCUGUCACUCCAGUGGACCUGCGGUCCUGCGCUCCUCAAGACGUCUCUUCACUAAUGCCGAGAAAACAGGGAUUUACAGUGGCCAGACGCGAUCAGUAUCAUAAAAAGUUAUAGGAAAAGGAUUACCCCGGUCGUCUGAUGAGACGAGGCAGAGGUGUUUUUGUUCCUCCAGAGUUUUGUUCUUCGUAAAUGAAGUGGUCUCCCGUAGUUUUGUGAGAAUGCAGGAGUCGGUGCUGCUCAAUGUGGGCUUCUUCACCAAAUCCUGCGUCGUGCUCGUGUGCCUCUGCGGGGUUCACCUCAUCGUUGCACUGUUUUUUUAUUUAACAGAGUCGCCCACAAAAUUGACCAACUACCGGAAAAUUCAAUUAGACUCUGAUAUAUUUGCUUCAAAAACUCAUAGAACAGCAGUCAUUCAGUAUGACAAUGGGACAGAGGCAGAUGUAAAUAAACUGAUGUAUUCUAAAGGAAGUGUCAUUAAAGAUGCCGUAGAAGAAGAACCCGCAGUACUAGAAUCAUGUCCUGAGACGUCAACACUUCUGGUGGGUCCAAUGCGAGUUGAAUUUUCUGAGCCUGUAAAUUUGGAUAUGGUGCGUAAAGACAAUCCACAGCUGGUGAAGGGCGGCAGGUAUAAACCCAACGAUUGUGUGGCUCUGCAAAAAGUGGCAAUAAUCAUCCCAUUCAGAAACAGAGAUGAACACCUGAAGUACUGGUUCCACUACCUUCACCCCAUCCUACAGAGACAACAGCUUGAUUAUGGGAUUUAUGUCAUACAACAGGACGGAGAGGGGACAUUCAACAGGGCGAAACUGCUCAAUGUGGGUUACGUAGAGGCACUAAAGGAGUAUGAUUAUGACUGUUUCGUCUUCAGUGAUGUAGACAUCAUCCCGAUGGACGACCGCAACACCUACAAGUGCUCCAGCCAGCCGCGCCACCUCUCUGUGUCCAUGGACAAGUUUGGUUUUAGGUUGCCAUAUAAACAGUAUUUUGGGGGUGUAUCAGCAAUGAGUAAAGAGCAAUUUCAAAAGAUCAACGGUUUUCCCAAUAACUACUGGGGCUGGGGAGGAGAAGACGAUGACAUCUUUAACAGGCUGGUAUUUCGAGGCAUGAAAAUAUCAAGGCCGAGUGGAGACAUCGGUAAAUGCAGAAUGAUUCGUCACUCAAGAGACAAGAAAAAUGAGCCAAACCCACAGAGAUUUAAGAGAAUUGCUCACACACGACAGACAAUGAAGACGGAUGGCGUCAAAUCACUCAGUUACAAAGUGUUAGAUAUAGAGAAAGACCUGCUCUACACCAAAAUCACCGUGGACAUCGGCAAGCCAUGAAACCUCUAGAGCUCACACGAAACAUUUAGCAACUCUUCAGAGAUCAUUAAACUGCACAUCUGACUCUGAAUCGUUUCAAACCUAGAGAACAACACUGGUGAAAAACUGAGUUUGAAUGAAAGUGACAUUCACACAAGAAUUUUCAACAUUAUACUUACCUGUGAGCCUUAUAUACCUGUUAAUUGUCUGUUUCAGACUUUAAGGAACAUUAUUUUUCUAAACCUUCCAUGCAAAGCAAGUGGAAAUCACGCCUCAGGGAAUAACUGACUACUGUGAAUUCCAGUUCAACACAAACCUGCACACUCAUACAAAACACCUUACAGAGCUUUUAAGAGAUGCCAAUUCAAUUCUGGUAGUAAGUAUGCGUCAGUAGUUUGAUCUUGUAGACCAGCUUUACAUUGGUGCCCAUGUUACAGUACUCAAGCACUGAGUAAAAUUAAAGUGACAGUUCACCCAAAAAUUCUAAUUCUGUCAUCGUUUAAUCUACCUCGUGUUGUUCGGAAACCUAUAUGAGUUUCUUUCUUCUGUCAAAAAAAAUAUUUAAAGAACGUUGGUGACCAAACAGUUGACGGUAGCCAUAGUAUUAUGUCCAUACUGUAAAUGGCUACCAUCAACAAUUUGGUUACCAACAUUCUUCAAAAUAUUUUCUUUUGCAUUCAAGAGAAGAAAGAAACUCAUACAGGUUUGGAACAACUUGAGGGAGAGUAAAUGAUCACUGUAUUUCAUACAUUUUAAAUACAAAAAUAUUGCCUUACAAUAUCAUUAUAUAUGUAACAGACACAAAACAUCAUUUUGAUUGGUGGAGGUUGAGUGCUGUGUUUCAUUAGGGAAUGAAAAACAUUUCACACUUGGCAUUUGGAUCCGCUGAAUAUUGAGUGAACAUGUUUUGGGGGGGAAAUAGCCGUAGUUAAAUAAAUAAACAAAUCAUGAACAAGUUCAGGCUGUUUUCCUCUUUGUAAUACAAUAAUAUUGUAAUUGCAAUUUAAAAUAAAUGUUUUUUUUAUUAUUUUAAUAUAUUUAAAAAUGCAAUUUAUUGCUGAGAUGGCAAAGCUGAAUUUCCAGUGUCACAUGAUCCUUCAGAAAUCAUUCUAAUAUGCUGAUUUGGUGCUCAAGAUCAAUGUUGAAAACAGUUGUGCUGCUUAAUAUUUUUAUUCAAGAUUAUUUGAUGAAUAGAAAUAAUAUUUAUUUGACUUGCUAUCAUUUUACAUCAAUUUAAUGCAUGCUUGCUGCAUAAAACUAUUAAUAUCUUUAAAAAGAAAAAACAGACCCUAAACUUUUGAAAUGUGUAGUGUAAUGCAAUAUACAAGAAUGUUUAAAACUCUUGAUUUUUAGUAUCUACGACACAAUAAGACAUGUCAGAAUGUUCAUCUGUCUUCCAGUGGCCCACAAUACAAUCAAACAAUCUCAUGAAAUAAAGUCAACUACUAAUUAAUAGUUUUUGCAACUAAUAGUGUUUGUAAACAUUACCAUGCUUUUGUCAGAGUGCUGAAAAUAUGAAAUCAGAUAGGCCUGUAUUUUGAAUGCGGUUGCAGUGCUGUUUCUUGUCUUGUGCUGGUCUCUGUUUGAACCACGGCAGUCACUGAACUUUCGGCCAGAGAUGGGGCUACAUUUUAGGAGUGGUUAUGAGUAAAUCUUUUGAGAUACUGGAUUGCACAAUCCAGAGAGCGUAAAAACAGAAGUAAAACAGUUUACUAAAACUCCUUCUGCAUCAAAGUGCAAUAUUGGUUUCUGCCAGAGCUUUCUUAUGUUUCCAAAUGAACACAAAACUGAUGGAAGCUGAGCUGACACAGAACUCAAGUGGCUGGGAAAAUAUCAGCAUUGUUUCUGAAAAAUUUGCACAAAUACUGUACGUUUUUAGGAUAAAGUGGGGCCAAAAUCUUGGUGAAAAUGUUGUCCUUAAAUAUGAAAAAUAAACAAAUAUAUUUACAAAAUAAUAUUUAGAUAAUAUAGACGUUCAUUUAAAAUUGAUGGAGCAAAAUAAUUUGUUAGAGGAAAAAUAAAAUGUAAAUCAUAAAAAAUUUAAGGAAAAACUUGACCCUUUCUUGUGGCUGUACCUUUAAAAAGGUGUGUAUUUUAGAAUUUGUUUUGUGUAAUGAACCUUAAACUUUGAUUGUAAGUUAUUUUGUAAUUAUUGUCAUUUAAACCAAAAAAAAAAAAGUUACUUGAAACUAAUAAAUACUGAAAUAAAAUAAAAUAUACAAUAACUUAAAUAUUUUAUUUCUGCUAGCUUCUCAUUUUUGUUCAGUUAACUUGAGGCACUAAAAUAACUAAAAUCAAAUAAACUAAAAGGAAUAAAUGAAAUAUAAAGAAACAUAUUUUAAAAAUGAAAAACUAGCUUACUAAAUAUAAUGAAAAUUGCAAAAAUAGUUCUAAAACUUAAAAUUAAGUUCUAAAAAAGUGAAAACAAAAAC